AUGAUGUUCGGACUACCCAACGCACACCCUUACCCGCACAACGGCCGCGGAACCACCGCGGAGGAUCUAUUAGAUGAAGUGAGGAGCGGUGUACACCGCGUCAAACACUGCCUUCCGCUGUUCUUCGCCAUGCCAAUGCCAUGCAUGAGUCGUGAGAGCUUCGCGGCAAUACUGGACUAUGAUUGGGAGCUAUGGCGAGGUGGUGUGCGUCUUGCAAGCACAAAACAAAAUACGGUAGACAUGGGUCGCCCCGACGAGCAAAGCCCGUGGGCUACAUGGCCACCCCCUCACACCCUCCCAAGGCAGCCCAGUCCUUUCAAGUCGGGUACAACAGUGGACGCUUUCGAUAUAGGUCCACUGGAGCCAGAGGUCGAUCCCGUGGGCGAGUGUGGCCACCCGUACGCAGACAUGCCUAUACACCACAAUUGCCUUAAGGGCGAGGCUUGGGCACCCGUACCAUGGUUGAUCGAGGCGCCUGGUGCCUAUGCUGACGACGGACUCGCCGCUUUGCCACCGGCGGGCACUGCAUAUGGGAGUAAACCAGAGCUUCCGUGGUACGUGUGCGACUGGAUCAUAAGGGUGGCGGCCGCGGUGGCAUACAGGAAGUCCAGAGAGACGUUGAUCGCCGAGCAGGCACUCGAAGACUUGCUCGAAGAGCAACGAAAGAGGCGUGGCGAGACACAAACGCAACAAUCACUCGGUCGAGUGCAACACACAGUUAUCCCACAAACACGGGCGCACUGGGCCGAGGAAGAGAUGGCUUUGCCGAAGAUGAUGAAAACAUCUGGGCCUUCGAUUGCUGCGCAGACAGGUCUCUCACAGACCAAAUGCAGCGCUUCAACGGCCCGAACGCGGACGUCAUCGAUCUCCUCCCAAUGCGCAAGCUCUUCGAUCACCACAGUUGUCGACGUGGCGUGCCAGGGCGCUGAAGAGGACAUUAAGGAGCGUUUCAAUGACGAAGAGAAAUGGACACACACGAGACAAGAAUGCCCAGGAUCUGACCUGUCAGAUUCCCGACCAAAGGCCAUGUCCAGCGAUGACCUAGAACCGUCACUCUUUCCUCCGGAGAGCGUCGACGCGGUUUUGUCGGCGCUCCGCUCCGUGUCCUAUCGUUUGAGGAAAUUCAGGCCCGUACGAAAGGAGGAGAGGCGUAGGCGAAACCCCGUGGGGCAGGCACAGCAGGAACAAUCCCCGCGUGCACAAUGGAAGCCCAGGGGCAUCCCGGUUAUCCUCAAACGGCCUGCAGAACAAGGCCAAGUUGCGACCCAUCGCUGA